GCUGCUUUCACACACAUGGUGCAGGUCUGUGCCGCACACAAGUCAGUCGUCGAGCCAGCCGAAUAAACAGAGAAACACAUAACACGUAUACGGGCUGAAUAUGCACAACACAAAUCUAUGCGAUCGAUGCACAUCAAGACAUACAUACCGACAGGUACUUACCUGUGUGUGUGUGGAUGGUGAAGGAAUGCAUUAACAGUACAGACAGACCAACGACCGACGUCAGACAGACACAGUACACACGGACAUAGACAGACAGACAGACAAAUGACGGGUGCCCAUAUACGCCUACAAAGCCCUACCUACUGGUACCACACACCAACGAACGUACACGCACAGAUGCGCCCGUCAGUCACAUCAAUCAGUCAAUCACACCCGGCGAUUCUGCGACCGCUCCCAUCUCAUGACACACCUGCACACACACACACACACAGCGCACACAGAAUGGGGUCGACCGACCUUCGUCCCAGACACAAGGAAGGCUGUCUGACCUCCAAGCGACCAGCUGCACAACGUAGGCCACACACGCCGGCCCGAUUGUCGCCCAAAAGGCCGCGGCCGCCAGCAUCUGGGGGUCCGUCAAGGCAGUCAGCGAGCGCACCACCAACCGUCUCCCAGCAGCGUCCCUGACCGAAUCGAAUGAUACACACGCAGAGCAGCCGUAUGUGUUUGUCUCUCUGUUGUUUGUGUCAGUCAGGUUCUCACCAUCCACACACGCCGUGGGGGUAGAAUGGCUGCAUGGUGCCUUUGUUGGCGUCGAAGGGCAGCUGGGCGGGGCCGUUGGUCGCCAGACCGAUCGCACAGGCGCUCAUGGCCGACAGGUACGGGCUCACCGCCUCACACACACCUGCACACACACGCGUGUGUGUGUGUGUGAGGCGUUGACUGAUGCGCGUGUGUGUGUACCUCCGAUUGCGAGUGCGACUGACCCCCAGACGACGACACGCCAGCGGGACUUGAGCAGCUGUAUCUUCAACACCUGCGCCAACACACACACACACACACGUGUGUGUGUGUGAGCAAAGGUGCGUGUGGCCGACUGACUGACCCCAGCGGCGCUCAUCUUGACGUUGUCGAGCAGCAGGGUGCCCACCACCACCACCAGGGCACACACAUAGCUGCCCCGAUCUGUCACCACACACACAUAUGAUGACACACACCCCUGUCUAUGUAAAAGCGUCCUAAGCAGCAUCGCACAAUGCAAGCAGACACAGACACACAUCUGCGCAGACGUACAUGAAAUGAACGAAUGGGUCCGUCUGCGCUAGCACUCGCAACGUUAACACGCUUCGAAGCGCAUCAAUUGCUCGGGAAAUGAACCAAGAUAUAAGAUGUACGCAGCGAUUCCCCCGCCCUCCCCCUGCUUGUCAACCAGUCAAUCACACCCGUCGAUUCUGCGACCGCUCCCAUCUCAUGACACACCUGCACACCCACACACACAGCGCACACAGAAUGUGGUCGACCGACCUGUGUCCGUCCCAGACACAACGAAGGCUGUCUGUCUGACCUCCAAGCGACCAGCUGCACAACGUAGGCCACACACGCCGGCCCAGGCGUCGCCCAGAAAGCCGCGGCCGCCAGCAUCUGGGGGUCCGUCAGGGCAGUCAGCGAGCGCACCACCAACCCUCUCCCAGCAGUGUCCCUGAUCGAUUCGAAUGACACACACACACAGACACAGGCAGACCUGGGGGUGGAUUCCGCGAAGUGGGUUGGAGAGAAGAAGUGGGUUAUAAAUAGAAGGGUUGUUUGGAUGGUUUUCGCACCAAGCCCUGGGUGGUCUUGGUUCUUGUCUAUCAGUCGUAUGUGGGCCUGCAGGUGGCCAUCAAUGGUCAUCCUACGGUCAAGCUUGCGUAGCGUCGUCGGUUUGCUGACCCGCCCCUCUCUCUUGGCGUGUGUGGCCAACUCGAGGUGCACUUGACCCAUGUGUUGGAUGGGCCGGGCCACACACACAGAGCGAAAGACGUGCCUGAGGAGAUGACACUCACACAAAGAGGGGAGGGAGCGGGUCAGUCAGAAGUAAGUACCUCAGAGAGCACCGCUCGAUGGCUGUGCGUACCAAGUCGGAUGCCCCGGUCAAUCUAUUGCCCAGAAAUCUCCGGCACACGCCCUCGUGGCUGAGCUGCACAUGCGGCAGAUCCCCACACACACAACAGUAUGUCUGUGAGUGAUUGCAGGCAAACGCACAGUGGGCAGAGGCCAAUCAACGCAUAGCAUAGCGCUCACCGAGAGCAGUCCUCUGACACCCAAAUGAGCCUUGGGGUCUUCGCGCAACUGACGCGGCCAUCUCGACCUGCGGAUCAGAAAUAGUGGGACAGGCGGACUUUUUAAACCCCCUCCCCGUUUCCCCCCGCCGCCGCCGCCCCCGGGUUUCGAGGGCCUGGCGGAGUCGUUUUCUGUGGCAUGGCCUUCCGUCGCGCCCUUUUCACUCUUGCCGUCUUCAUCCUCGCUGUGCACCAAUGCUGCCAG